AUGCCAUGCCUCGGCCGCUGUAAGAUCUCAUGCCUCGACUGCUGCAACAAUAACGAAGAAUUCAACCGUCCUACGGUAGCAUCAUCAGACCACCAAAGGUUGCCAAGUUCGCAGCGAUUGUCCGCUGAGCGACCUCAUCCAUCAUCUCGUGUGCCAGACGUCGCGCCUAGGCCGGCCCCGACAGAUACUUCGUCUCAUACAGCUCCAGGCGCGGUAGGAGGAUCUUCAACAGCAGGAUCAUCUUAUGUAACAGGCGCCGCUGCUACCAGGUCUGCCACAAAGAUUCCACAUCGUGCAGCAAGAACAGUUGCCACUGAGCAUUCAAGAGACAAUACACCUCGUGUAGCGUCCACCGCUGUCGGUAUAUCUUCAAUUUCAGGAUUGCCUCAUACAACAAAGGCCACUGUUGUUGCGUCUUCAACGGAGAGUCUGGCUACUGGUGGGUCACCAUGCGGAGGCGCUGCUGGAUCUCCAAGAAGAGGUCUUUCCACAAGGGAAUCAUCUUGUAUAGGAAGACUAGCCCCCAAGCCUUCAACAGGUGGCCCAUCGACAGGAGAGCUGACUCAUGCAAGCCAAAACACGGCUGCGGCCGGACCUCCAGCAAAACCACUUUUAAGUGGAGCAUCCUCGAGCUCAGGAGAACCAUCUUCUGACCUAGGAUCUUUGACAGAACUGCCUUCAGUAAGAAGAUCAUCUCCUCUUGGAGUGCUACCAUCUAUGGGCGGAUCUUCUCCUGACGAAGAAUUACAUCGAUCAGGUAUAUCGUCUUUUGCAGGAGGAAGAUCAUUCGUCGAAGGAUCACAACAGGGACAAGGCUCUUUUCUUGAGGGAGGAUCCCCUCGCUCGGAAGGAUCAUCCAUUGAAUCAUCACCAAGUGGGGGAUCCUCCUUAGCAAGUGGGUCACCUCGUUCGGGAGGAUCACCUAGUUCGGGAGGAUCACCUAGUUCGGGAGGAUCACCUCGGUCGGGAGGAUCACCUCGUUCGGAAGGAUCACCUCGUUCGGGAGGAUCACCUCGUUCGGGAGGCUCCCCUCGCUCACAGCGUUUAUUGCGCUCCAGAGAAUCACCUCGUUCAAGAGGGCCUGAUGCUGGGUCUUCAGCAUUCCCGCCUAAUGCUCGAAGCACAGGUGCAGCAUCCCUCAAGUCGUCGAAAAGUCUAUCUCGUAUAUGCGAGCUAGCAGGCGACACGUUCACAGGUCCUCCUGACCGUGGAUUUCGUCUGCUCGAACUUCUUAUUGAGACAGAGUUCUACCUUACCGCGAAGGACAGAUGCCAUUUGAAGUCAGACAUAGAUGAAGCCAUGGGAUUGCUUGCAGCUAACUACAAUGGAACUGUAGAUAAGAUUUAUCCACGGAUGCGACCGAAUCUUCGGCCGUAUAAGCAGCAAGGUGACUAUAAUAGGUGGUCUCUGGUCGACAAUGACAGUAUAGCAUCUCGCCUGCCCGCACGCUGGGGAAUCGAGCUGGUAUCACCAAUCUUCCAAGUCUCUCGUGGCUCAAUAUGGCGAAAACAGGUCAAAGAAAUGUGGCAAUUUCUUGGCCGAUAUUAUGACAUUACUGGAGGCCAGUCGUGCGGGACUCAUUUCCAUAUUUCAAUCAAGCCAGAUAUCACGUUGCCACAGCUUAAGCGCAUUGCGCAGGCCGUCAUACAGUUUGAGCCAGCCAUCGAGGCAUUGGUGCCAGCAUGUCGAAGGGGAAACAAAUAUGCCAAAAGCAAUUGGCUCGAUAAUUUUUCCCUGGGACAUUGCAACUUAUCUCGAAGCCAAUGUAUUGAUGAGAUUUCGAAAGUACGCAAUGCUGACGAGCUAGUGGAAUUGAUGGGCGAAACCUUUGACAGAAAUUAUUCUUGGAACUUUACCAGCUUGAGGUGCCGGAACAAGCCAACGCUAGAAUUCCGCAAACCACCGGUGUGCACGACAGUGGAACAGAAUCUUGGCUGGGCAGAGUUUACAAUCUCCUUCAUUCAAACAGCCAUCAAAUGUGCAACUUCCGAGAGACUGCAGCAAGUUCCUCCUACCGUUCAAGGUCUGCGCUGGUUCUUGCAGCAGGGCCACGAACCCACAGUGAAUGAACCUAGCUUGUUGGACGUUAUAUUCGACGGCAAACCUGCGAACGCAGCCCUAGCACCGAAACCUCGGCCAGAAGACUACUUCAUCGAGCCUGCAGAUAUCGUAAAAUGGAACGGGAGACUUCAGGGGAAAGGCGCGGAAGAUGUGAAGCAGAUUCUGAAAGCGGCAGCGGAUGCAUACCCGCCAUACUGGAUAUAG